AUGGGCGUACCAGAAAAGGUACCAGAAAAGGUCGACUGCACCUACAGCCAGUUUGGUUGCAUUGGCGCAGGAUUCGCCGGAAUCGGGCUCGGCGCAACGCUCAAGCGGUGGUAUGGAAUUACCGACAUCCGCAUCUUUGAGCGCCACAGCGAUCUUGGCGGAACGUGGCACAUUAGCAAAUACCCAGGCUGCGCAUGCGACGUGCCCAGCGCGCUCUACAGCUUUUCGUUCGCCCAGAAUGCCAGCUGGUCCCAAACCCUCCCCCCCAGCGACGAGCUGUGGGCGUACCUGAAGCGCGUGGCCGACACGUACGACCUGCCCGAGAAGAUGGUGUUCAACGUUACCGUCGAAGAGUGCCGCUGGAUCCCCGAGACCAGCCGCUGGCGCAUGACCAUUCGGCACAACAAGGCCGGCACCGUCUUCUACCACGAGUGCCAGUUCCUCUUUGGCGGCACCGGCCAGCUCGUCCACCCGCGCGAGCUCGACGUGCCCGGCGCCGAGACCUUCCAGGGCGCCAUGUUCCACACCUCCCGCUGGCGGCACGACGUCGACCUGACCGACAAAAACGUCGUGCUCAUCGGCAACGGCUGCACGGCCGCGCAGAUUGUGCCGUCGAUUGUGGGCAAGACCAAGCACCUCACGCAGAUCGUCCGCUCGAAGCACUGGAUCCUGCCGAGCAUUGACGACGCCCGCGCCCGCAGCAUGCGUGCCGUGGCCAGCAAGCUGCCCCAUAGCAUCGGGACCACCCUGGCGCGUCUGGCGGUGUUCAUAGUCGCCGAGAUCGACCUCCUCGGCUUCCCCAUGACCGACUUUGCCGCCCGCUUCCGGCGCCGCCGCCGCCGCCAGGCCGAGGCCUACAUGCGGGCCACCGCCCCCGCCCAAUAUCACGACAUCCUGGUGCCCGACUUUGAGGUCGGCUGCAAGCGCCGCAUCUUCGACACGGGCUACCUUGAGAGCCUGCACGCGCCGAACCUCACCCUCACCAACGACAAGGCCCUCGAGAUUGUGCCCGAGGGCGUCCGCACCCAGAGCGGCGUCGUCCCCGCCGACGUCCUUGUCCUGGCCAACGGCUUCCAGACUAGCGACUUCUUGACCGGCAUCAACGUCGUCGGCGAGGGCGGCACGACCCUCCCGGCGCACUGGCAGUCCUUUGGCGGCCCCGAGGCCUACAACUGCACGUCGCUCAGCGGGUUCCCCAACUUCUUCAUCCUCCUCGGCCCCAACACCGCUACGGGCCACACCUCGACCAUCAUGGCCGCCGAAAACUCCAUCAACUUUGCCCUGCGCAUCAUCAAGCCCCUGCUCGACGGCGAGGGCACCCAGGUCGACGUCAAGCGGUCGGCCGAGGAGCAGUACGUGCACCGCAUCCAGGACGCACUGGCCAACACCGUCUGGAACUCGGGCUGCCAGAGCUGGUACAUUGAUCGGACCCCGGGCAAGGAGGGCAAGAAGUGGAACGGCAUGACCUACCCCUACUCGCAGAUCCACUACUGGUACCGCUGCCUGUUCCCGACCUGGUCCCACUGGAAAUACUCGGGCCCCAAGACGUCCAAACGCAGGUCCCUGCGCACCCUGCUUCGACUGUUCCUCCUGGGAACCACGGUUUCGACAAUUGCAGCGGCCUACGUCGCCCUGCAGAGACCUGAGGAGACGCGUCGCCUCAUUGCGUCCUGGAAGACCUUCCUGCCAUCUCUGCUGAAAGGCUCAAGCUAG